CAGACAGACGGCUCACACACACCAGUGACCGGCCGCCCGCCGCUGACGCAGCAUCCCGGCCGCACCUGUCCUCCAUUUCUGCUCCAACGUGGAGGUGCGCGGGGGAAAGGGGUGGGCGGCUAACCGGAUUAGGAUUCCGCACCCAUGGAGGCAGCCGUGCUGAACCCCGCUGUCAUGACGGACAGCAACACACUAAAGGCCGAGCUGGAGGUAAAGAAGCUGCAGGCGCUGGUUCGGAAGCUGGAGCUGCAGAACGAGCAGCUCCGGAGCCGGGCCGGCCCGCCUGUGCUCCCUUCCGGGGCAUACUGCCUUCCCAGCCCGCUCCCCACUCUGCUUUGUCGGUCGACCUUGGGCUCCCUUUCUCCCUCAGAGGAUCCCUUUGACUAUUUCCACUCUCACAGCGCGGAGGAAGGAGCUGACGGUGAGGAGGAAGAGGACCCAUCCGAACCAUCGGUUCUGGAUGAGCUGGAGCUGUUAGAUUUGGAUUCUCUGAGCUGCUCAGACGAAUCUGAUGAAACAUGGUUAUACGUGACGUCCAAGGCUCCAGAGACCACAAACGGUGCCCUCACACCUCUGCAGUGGUGCCGACAGUUUCUGGAUGGACCCAAGUCUGAGGUGGAGACAGCCAGGAGGUCGCUGUGCCUCCAACUAGAACAAGUCUCUAGGUGGCGUAGUUCCCUCUCCUUACCCACCACUUCCUCUCCUGGCUCCUCUCUAGUCACCGAAGAAUCUUCCAUCAACUCGUCCCCCUCAGCUAAAUCUUGCUCCACCCCUCAAUCUACUGUAGCUCCAUCCCUUUCCUACCCCCUCCACCCUGUCCUCAAUUGCACCUUAAGCCCCGUUGGGAAGAAGCUCUCCCCCGUAACUGAGAGGACGCCCACCUUCCUCCCUCACCGAGCCACUCGAAGCUGCAGCAUUCAGCGUUCUGCCCUCAGCCCGCAGUCAUCGGUGGACAGUGACCUCGGUGCGUCGGAGGUGGAGGACGACUCCAUCCACUAUGGAUACAAACUGCAGGACCUCACGGACGUCCAGGUUAUGGCCCGGCUCCAGGAGGAGAGUCUAAGGCAGGACUACGCCAGCAUGUCGUCCAUCCUGGCCAACCGCCGCAGCCAGAGCUUCACCUUCCAGCUCAGCGCCGGCCCCGACCUGGAGGAGGAAGACGAGGAGGACGACGAAGAUUACGGGCUCCUGCCCCCACCGCAGCCACGCCUCACCCGCCUGCCGCACUCCCACACUUUCUCCAGUAUUCGAGACUGGCGAAGAAGCACCAGUUCCCUGUGCACCCCUCCUUCCACCCCCUCCACCCCACCGUACCCUUCCGCUGGCUUCGCCUUUCAAGCUCUGGUCCCGGUCCAGCCGCAGGGGCUGGGCAGCCUCUGUUCAGCCGAGCAUCAGGGCUUGAGACCAGGGUCAGAUAAGUUGCGGAGAAGCAUGCCUAACCUUGUCAGAGCUCCCAGCAUGCCCAGUGUGCCCAUUCCCAGCAAUUCCACUGCUUCUUCUGCUUCGUUGCUUCGUAACAGCCAGAGCUUUGACUCAUCUAGUGGGCUUACCCGCCUGCAGUCUUCCAUCUCAUCUCCAGGCCAGCUCCAAAACAGGGUCCAGAGUGUAGGAAAUUUUGCCUCAUUGUCACGUCAACCACUGAAGGCCACUGCCUACGUCAGUCCCACCAUAAAGGGCUCGACCUCCACCAGCCUCCAGAGUCUGAACAACGUCAGCAGCAGCAGUGGGAUACCCCUGCUCAAUAAGCCUACAGCCGGAGGGACUUCCUCCAAUCCCACCACGCCACGCAGCAGCCUGCCACGCCCUGCCUCCUUUGUGGGCACCACAAGCUCCAGCCCCCGCAGCAAGGUGGCCCAAUCAGCACGAAGUUUAUUAAUGCCUCCAAAGAGCUUGUCCACCUUCAGUGCCCUUCGUGACAGCGCCUGGAAAGAUGGCUGCUACUGAUGGACGUGGCAGCAGCAAGACCCUGCUGGUUGGGGUGACUCGCUGCACAACAGCUAGGUUGUUGUUUUUUUGUUUGUUUUUUUUUACCAAAAAGGGACUGAGACGACCUUAAAUCUGAGAUCCUGCAUUUUAAUGUUAAGGAUUUCUUCGGAGAAGGCGGGUAAUUUAUUUAUUUAUUGUCUGCAAACAACGGCUUCACAACCGGUGAUUAUGUGCCAAAAGGUGAGCCGACUCCAGUUGUGCAAUAACCUGUUGGCUGUUGGUUACCUGUAAUAUAAACCGGCACACAGGGCUGCCAGUUUUUAAUGAAGUCAAUCACUUUUACAGUUUUUAUCUACUAAUCAGGUGUGUAGCUGUGGUAACGAGCACUGCUGAUGCUGCUAAAGUUUCCUCUUAAUUUGGGCACAUUUUAAUCUUUUUUUCUAUCUAAUAUUUCUGUACAAAUUUCACUGUGCAUAUAUCUUUGUACUAACCAAUGCAAUACUUUUUUUUUUUUACUGACCUAAAUGGGAAUAUCGUAAUGUUUUUGGGGAGGAAGUUGUUUCACUUUUUGUCACCAGAUUUUGAGCGUGCUAACACAAACUUCUUGCACUUUGUCGAAAUGCCACUGUUUUGGUUUUGUUAACUCGUGUGCACUUCUUUCACGAUACUCUGCAUUUAUUGAGUACAGCAAUUAAUUUAUGUUUUUCAAGGGAUGGUCUUCACAAUUGUGCAUAUUUUCGUGUUUCGUUUACCCUGAAUCUUAUUUUUGUUUUUCAUGCACUAAGGAGGCACAUCCUUCCCUAGCUUGGUCUUUUUUUUUUUUUUUUUUUUUUUUUUUCUGUGAUGAAAUGAGAAGCAUUUUAAUAAAAACUUAAUAAAUUCUGUGUAUAUGCUUUGUUAUUCUGAAUGUAUAUUUGUAAUAAAGUUGUUUCAGGUGCCA